AUGAUACCUUCAUGCUAAAAGUUCGUGAGCUCUAGCAGAGUAAUCUAUAAUUUCGCAGUGGCCAAUUAAACAAGAUAUGUAAGUGCUCGAUAUUAUAAUUAGAGUUCUUCUUAACUCCAAUAUUAUUAGAGUUUAAGAAUUCACAAAGAUAAAUCUGUACCUUCAAUUUUAAAUAAUUUAUUGAUUAAUCACAUGUUGAAAUAUGAUUGGGUUGUAGAUCAAGGGCCAAAACUCUUUGAUUUGCUUUAUGCUAUUUGUGGAACAAGAUUGGCUAAUUUUCUAGUCAAUCACACAAUCGGGAAAGUGUUCACAGCAGGGGAAAACCUUGAAAGUGUGGAAAGAUAUCUGUCCUCAUCCAAUAAUAAAAUUUCCUACAUUAUUGAUUACUGCUCAGAAGCAGUUGAGGGAAUAGAUGAUUGCGAGAAAUUUUACGAUGAGAACAGUUCUAUAUUUAGACAAACCGUAUUGGAGUGUGCAAAGAAACCAGAAAAGAAAAACAUGAUUGCAAUCAAGGUUUCUAGUUUAAUUGACAUGAAUUUACUGAAGUAAAUCAACAAAGCAAGAUUGAACAUUUUUGAAAUGUUCUCUAAAAUUGGUUAGGGCAAAUCAAUCAUAACACUUGAAUAGGUAUUCUCUCAUCUUAAGGAGUAAGGAAUUAAUAUGAAUGAAAACGAAUAAAAAUAAUUUAUAAAGGGAGUCCUCAAAUUUAAUAAGGGAGAAACAGAAAUAGAUGAAAUAACAUGGAGAUACAGAGUUCAACCCAUAUUCAUGUUUGAAACAGAACUCAACAACAACCCAGCCAUUAAAUACAUGAAUAAUUUAAAUGAAAAGCAUCUCUUUUUAUUUGAAUAAUUCAUAGAGAGAGUCAAAUAUUUCAUGGAUCCAGCUUUAUAAAAUAAAGUGUGUGUGAUGGUCGAUGCUGAAUAAACCUAUUUGUAAUGGGCAAUCGAUAGUUUUUCAGAAUAAAUGGAAGCCUAUUAUAACCAAAACUAAACUUUAGUGUAUAACACAUUUUAGAAUUAUCUCAAAUAAACUAAAGACAGAGUAGACUUUGAAUUAGCCAAAGCCAACAAAUUCAAGUUGAACAUCGGUAUUAAAAUGGUCAGAGGGGCAUACAUGGUUGAGGAAUCCAAAUUAGCUAGUGAUUAGGCUAAAGAAAAUCCCAUCAAUGAUGGAUAUGAGGCUACUACUGCUAUGAUUGAAAGAAACUUAGAACAAUUGAUCCUAAACAUUCGUAAAUCACCUACUAAAGUCUUUGUGGCCAGUCACAAUGAAAAAACAGUUGAAUUUGUCAAAGAAUUAAUGCAUCGACAUUCUAUUCCAAAUCAAGGAGGUAUUUAUGUAUUAUUCGCCUAAUUGUAUGGAUUGUCUGAUCAUGUCACCUAUCAGUUAGCUAGUGAAGGAUAUAGAAUAUAUAAAUAUGUUCCUUUCGGGAAAACUGAGAUUAUGAUCCCUUAUUUAAUGAGAAGAGCAUAAGAGACUAAGAAAGUACUAUAAUCAAGCACUUUGUAAACACUCUUGUUGAUUGAUGAAUUAAAAUACAGAUUUUAUUUGAAAUGA